GCCCAUUCGUUGAAGAGAAGUCCUUUGGACUACGUCUCUGUCAUUGACAAUGUCAAGAUACACACGCCAUCAGGCCGAGUCCAUGCGCAUUCUGCCUUCGACCUCACAUUCUCUAUUCACGAUGGAGAGGAUAAAUUCCGACUGUCGCUGCACCCGAACCACGACAUCCUCCACGACGACUUGGAGGUGACGUAUCUCGACUCCGAAGGAAAGGUCAAGUCGGUAGAGAAAGUAGAGCGCGGGGAACACAAGGUCUAUCGAGGCGAUGCCUACGUCGAGCGGCCUGGAGAGGAUGGCUGGUCGCUGGGCGGCUGGGCGAGAAUUACGAUGCACCGUGACGGCAAGCAUCCGGUGUUUGACGGCUCUUUUCGCAUCGAUGGCGACGAUCACCACAUCCACACCGGCUCCAAGUAUAUCAACAUCAAGCACGAGGACGAUCCCUUGCCUUCAGACUGGCCGGAAAAGGACCAUGAUGAAGUCAUGGUUGUAUGGCGCGACUCUGAUGUCCGAGGCUCGCUCGACCGUGGGGAACUCAAGCGCGACGUCUCGAAGCCGUCAGAGUGCAUCUCGGACUCGUUAACCUUCAACAACCAAUUCGAUCUGGAGCUCAAGCGAUCAACUGGGCUCCGAGGGAUUGACCCCAGGAGUCUCUUUGGUCGCCAGUCCAUCGACGGAGGCUCCAACGGUGGGGGUAGUGGCCAGGACCUUAUUUCCAGCAUUGGACAAACGGCUGGAUGCCCUACGACGAAAAAGGUGGCCUUGGUCGGCAUUGCGACCGACUGUACCUACUGGAACGGCUUCAACUCAUCCGAGGAACUUAGGAAGAACGUCAUCGGCAUGGUGAACCAAGCCUCCCAGGUGUACGAGAGUGCAUUCAAGAUUUCACUGGGCAUCAGGAACUUGACCGUCCUCGACCGCGGGUGCCCAGGCGCCCCCUCUGCCGCCACGCCCUGGAAUGUAGGCUGCUCAGACAACACCACCAUUAGCGAUCGACUUAACCUCUUCUCCGCCUGGCGCGGCAGGUCCCUCGACAGCAACGCCUACUGGAGUCUGCUGACCACCUGUCCCACAGACGCCGCCGUUGGGCUGGCCUGGAGGAGCCAGGUCUGCCGUCAGGGGUCAGGAACCAGCUCGGACGGUCAAGGUAACAACGAGACCGUGGCUGGCGCCAACGUCGUUGUGCGUACCUCGACGGAAUGGCAGGUGUUUGCCCACGAGUCGGGACACACCUUUGGAGCCGUCCACGACUGCACAAGCUCUACGUGCCCCGUUGACCCCUCCUCGCAGGCAUGUUGCCCGCUCUCUGCUGGCAGUUGCGAUGCCGGUGGACGAUUCAUCAUGAACCCGUCGACAGGCACCGGCAUCACCCAGUUCUCCGCCUGCAGCGUGGGCAACAUUUGCUCCAGCCUCAAGGCGGCGGCGCUGUCGAGCUGCUUGACCGACAACAAGAACGUGCCCACUAUCACCGGCAGCCAGUGCGGCAACGGCAUCGUUGAAGAAGGCGAGGAAUGCGACUGCGGCGGCACCCAGGGCUGCGGGAACAACACGUGCUGCGACGCCAGGACCUGCAAAUUCAAGAACAAUGCCGUAUGCGACCCGUCCAACGAAGAUUGCUGCAAUGACCAGUGCCAGUUCGCGUCCUCUUCGACAGUAUGCCGCCCCAGCACCGGCGAGUGCGACGUUCAGGAGACGUGCCCCGGCGACGCAGCCAGGUGCCCCGACGACCAGCACAAGUCCGACGGCGAUGGGUGCGGCAGUGGCGACGGCCUCCGGUGUGCUUCGGGUCAGUGCACCUCUCGCGACAGGCAGUGCCAGGUGGCCGUUGGCACCUCGGCCGAUAACAGCUCGACCACGGCAUGCCCAGACACCCGAGACAGCUGCACCGUUUCCUGCUAUACUGGGCAAUCAGCCUUUGGGCAGCGCCAGUGCCUGUUGUUUGGGCAAAACUUCAUCGACGGCACACCCUGCGGCUCUGGCGGUCACUGCUCCAACGGAGAAUGCGAGGGCACGUCCACGGCCGGAGAGAUUCGGGACUGGAUCACCAGCCACAAGGAGAUUGUCAUUCCCAUUGCCGUCGUCGUCGGCGUCCUGCUUAUUAUCGUGGUCGUAAGUGGCAUCAUCAGCUGCUGCCGCCGGGCAAGA